AUGAGUCAAGUAAUGUUGACGCCCGCGCCAAAGCCAGCCGCGCCAGACGUCGCGAUCACGACGCGGCUUCAGAGCGAUGGCGGUAACGACUCCGAGAAAUAUGGCAUCUCGAACCACCCGCUGUUGUACUGGAUCCCCUUGCAGAUGGACUACCUUACGGCGUUAUUGCGCCUGGAUGGUCGACCGCCUGACGUCGUUUGGAUCAAUGGGCAAUGGCAGCCGACGUCGCUGCGCCAGAUGGGGCAGGUUGUACAGUUCGGGCAUUGGGAUGGAAGCCGCUGCAGUUUGAUCCGCCGUCCAAAUAAAGCAUUCAUCGUGGUCCAUACGAAUGGCGUCCACGAGAUCAGCGUCCAGUUCUGUGGAUGUACUAAAAAGAAAGUACACAUUCGAGAUCAGCUUCUGGCGGCGGGGAUGUGGCCUGCUACGACCGUGAAGCCUAAAUCGGCAGCUACUAUCGAGGUUCUGGAUCACUUCAACGCGCACAGUGGAACCGGAAAGGACAAUGCUUACGACUUCUAUAAUGCUCUGGAGGCGCUCACGGAUGGCGCCGGCAUGACGGCUCUGCCUAACCGGUCCAAAGAGUUCUUUAGGAUGGCUCAUCAGUAUCGGCAUAUACUGUCGGCCAAACGCGGCGGUCGAGGCCACGACCCCCGCGGCGGAAUUGAGAAGACGGGGUAUGGGGAGCUGGCAGUCCUUUGCCCGGCGUGUCCGCACAAAGGUAUCAAUACGGACGUGGUUGACGAGUUGGCGAAGAUCUCUUACGAGCUUGCGGCUGCUCACGAACAGUUCAAUGAUCUCGUGGAGCUCUCGACUGACUGUAACUUUCGGGCAAAGGGCAAAAUGAACCGUUCAACACCGGAGACCAGCCCAUAUCUCGGAGACGGUAUGGCGUACAUGGUUCCAGAAGGUCCAUACGAAGAUUUCACGCAAAAUAGCGCACACCAGGAAGAGAUGAGCAACUGCUCGCACUUCGGUGCUCUGAUCAUGGCGAACCUCAAGGCAGGCAAAGGCCUGCGCACGACUGGUAUCGGUGCGGUCUUCUGUUCGCGUCAUGAGUUUUUUUGGCCGAAUUCGAUCGGUACCCUCAUCAAGGGCGAGUGGUACUGUACGAUGGACUUCAUCAUCGCGUCCGCUAUGCGCCGUGUGCGCGCUGGCAGCGUCAACCUAUAUUACGAUAUAGUCUGCCAGUUCACGCGCAACCUAUACAGCAGGAUGAUGACGGUCGAGUCGAAAUCUUUCAUCCACGUCGGCGCUCAGAAGUUGCUGCACGGGAUACACAUCGCGUUCGGUGUCCCAAAGUUCCAUAAUCCGGGUCAUCUUGUGCUAUGCCAGCUGUGGUUCAAUAUCGCUUUCAUGGUCGGCGCCGGCAUGACCGAUGGUGAAGCAUCGGAGCGCGCAUGGGCCGGUCUCAACCCGGCUGCCUCUAGCCUGAGAGAGAUGGGUCCGGGCACGAUGCGCGAUACGAUCGACUUCUUCUGCGGCGUCUGGAACUGGCGAAAGUUCAUCAACAUGGGCAACUUCUUGGAGAGAAAGAUGCUCAUUGCCUUGGCCCAAGCUCGCGAGCACUGCGAGAUAUACACGGGUAUAUCCCAGGUUAUCUUUCUGGAGGAUCGCGAGAUGCACACGGAAUGGGUGGGUGGCGCAGUUGCAUGGGAGGAUCGGGAGUACUUGGACGGCGAGGGACGGCCGAUCGUCAAAGGAAAGAACGCGGUCAAGAACCCCUACCAGUCGCGCACGAAGAAAAUGUCGUUGGAGAAGGCGCGCUUGGCUAGUGCGGCUUUAGCGGCAAAGGCCGCUGCGUCUGUCGACGAGAACGAAGAGGACUCGGCCAACGGCGCCGCAACAUUGACGAACUUUAUCCUGCGUGGUUUCAAGAUUGAAGUGCAAUUGUGGCGUAAUUCCAACGCAAAGAAGGCGCGCACGGUCCUGCAAAAGGCCGAUCAGUUAGACCAACGCACGGAGCUAGAUCGUCAGAUCGCGCUGUUUCGCAAGGAUCAGCAAUGGAUCAUGCCACUGGUCUUGGCAGCGAUCAACGAGCUGGAGGGCACGGACGCUAGAGGCUCAUGGGGCGAGGAGGAGAGCGACGACGAAGAGAACGAGACGGACAAGAACAAGAAACCGACCAUCAAGCUGUAUUUGCCAUCUGAGCUCAAUCGAGAGCUAGCGACGGCACCUGCCAUGCGCGAGCUGUUUCUGGAGGAGCUUCGCCUGCGACUCGCUGGGAUGGAGGACUGGUUGGACUUACUGCGCCAACAUCUUCGCAUCAGAGGUACUGUGGAUCGUUGGAAGACGGACUACGUUACCGGACAGCACAUGACGACGCGCACACGAGACAAGCAAGAGAUGAUUCAAGGGAAUAUCGAGACAGCGAAGGCAAUGUAUCGUCUACACCGCGAACGCUACGUGACUCUCGUGUCCUUCCUCAGCGAGGACGAGCGCAAGGAACUCGUCGCUGGUGACUGGGAGGAGACAUUCGAGAAGCUGAAUGAUAGCGACUGCGUGCCGCUUAGUCACCGACUGAUUCUGAACAUCGACGACGCGGAAAUCAAGCAUUUGAAGGCCAUCAUAGCGCAGAUGAAGGCCACCGGAAAGGCUACGGGAGAGAGUACGCAUCGCAUUCCAUGGAUCUGGUACAAGCUGGGCAACAAUAGUAAGCUCGAGCUGAAUGACGACCUUCGCGUUGAAUUCGUCAAGUGUCGAGCGCGUGCCAUGCGAUGGGUUGAGGAGGUGUACAAACUGGCAUACGAGAUGGCGCGCGUACCCGCUUUCUGCAGUGCUCGGAGUAAGUGGUGGAAGUUUAGGGCGGACUCGACACCAGAGCGAAAUUUGGACGCUCACCUCGAAGACGGCUUGCGCGCCUACGCUGCGAAACAAGCGACGAUGUUCCGCCGGCACGCCCGCGGCCUGAAACAGCGCUUCGCAGGUCCGUUACAGCAGGCGGCUGCGUUCGUGAGGUGGCACGGUCUUGACGGGUUGCAGAGGACGGAGUAG